AUGAGUAGAAAUGAUAGAUUGGAGAAAUUGAGACGUCUCCAAGCUGCAAAGAAGGAUCAUCGUCAUUCAGGUAAUGAAAAUAUUAAUAAUGACGGGGAGGAAGAUGAUGAUAGAAUAUAUGAUGAAAUAGAUGAAGUAGAAUAUAAGAGAAGAAGACGUCAAGAAUUGUUGCAGGAUGAUUUUGUGGUGGAUGACGACGGUGUUGGAUAUGCUGACAGAGGUGUGGAAGAUGAUUGGCAAAAUGAACAUUAUUAUUCAAGUGAAGAUUUCGAGGAUUUUGAUGAUAAUAGUGGUAUGAAGGAUGCAAGUAUAAAUAAACGCAAAGCGAAAAAAAGAGAUAAAGACAAUAAAGAAGGAAAUGUGAUAGGACAGAUGUUACGUCUACAACAACAACAGAGGAAAAAAAAAUAUAGCAUUGUCUUUGAAUAA